CAACAUGACUAAAUACUAGAAACAGCCAGUUAGCCCGGUCAGUUACCAGCACUUUAGUCACUGUGAUAUUUCUAUUGACUGUGUUACUGGCAGGGCAAUGAGUGGAGGACAACAUUUGCUGCUCUUGGCAGCAUUUGUGGUCCUGGCAAGAUGUCAGCAAAGGCCAACAGUUUCCAUAUCACCCAACUUAAAGCAUAUUUUCUCUGGCGACUUACUUUUUUUGAGCUGUGGCGACAGUGGGACCAGCGUGAAAUGGUACUUCAAUGACAAUGAGGUGAAAACGCAGACUUACAAAACCUGGAAGAUAGCAGUUGCUACCUCCAAGAACACCGGCUCUUAUCAGUGUGAAAGCAAUGGACAAAAAAGUGAAAUCUUCUCCAUCGAAGUCCUGGAAUACCAUCCCAGAGCCUCACUCACCAUAUUGACAGGCCAGCCAGUGAUGCAGCUUCACAGUUCAGUUAUCCUGAUGCUUGAGAACGACGCUGGUCUGCAGGCAUGGAGAUGCUGGGUCUUUAGGGGAACGGAGACAAAGAAGAUUAUGUUGCGUUUGGAGAAGAGCAGUACGAAUGUAGUCUUUCAACCCAGGGAACUGACUGUUUCCGAGACCAUUUUCUGGUGCACUGAUAAACAAGAACAACUAAGAAGUAACCAAAUCAUAGUCAGGACCUCAGGGAAGGAAGUAUCGCUGGAAAUGGAUCCCCUGCCUGCUGUAGCUGGGGAAAGUCUGACUCUGUCGUGCCUUGUCUGGGGCACAGAUCAGAUCACCCACACUGUUUUCUACAAAAAUGGUACAAUACUUUUGCCAAAUGCCAAAUUUACCCACACAAUCUCUAAGGUGACAGAAUCUGACCAGGGAAGUUAUAAGUGUAAGGCCAUCUUCACAUACGUGGCCCGCACUAGUGGAUCCCCAUACCAAGUGGUCUCUGAUGAUCAAGAUGUGUUCGUCCAAGAGGCUUCUAUGAAGGCGGAUCUCUCAGAAAACAUAGGCAUGUCAUGUCGAUGUUCACAUUGUCCCAGUGAUGCCUCCUAUAAUUGGUACCGCAAGAAAGAUGAUGGCCAGCUAUGGCAAUUUCUCGAGAACAACAACGGAUUGAUGAUGCCAAAAGAGAGUGGUACUUAUGGGUGUAGAGCUGUGUUCAGGAACGGGAUGUCUUUUUUCAGCAACAGUCACGUUUUCUCUGUUUUAGAUAAACCUCCGAUCGCAACCAUUCUAGUAGUUGUGGUAAUCGUGCUCGUGGUUCUGGGUUUGGCAAUUUCAGCUGGAGCUUUUUAUGUGUGGUAUAAGAAGAGAGACACAAGAGGACCAAUAUACGAGGAUGUGGCAAUGAAGUUACGAGGUGAUGACAAAUAUGAGACGCUCCAAAAAAGAACGGGCGGCGAGUACGACACCCUUAACCCAGAAGCACCGCGCACAGAGAGGAAAGAGGGUGAAUAUGAACCACUGAAGAAAGGGGAAAUGAAAGCUGAGGUGUACCACACCCUGGGGAUGGAGGGGGCAGCAGGAGGAGAAGGUGGAUAUGAAGCACUGAAGAAAGAGGGCAUGAAAGAAGGGGUAUACCACACCCUGGGGAUGGAGGGGGCAGCAGGAGGAGAAGGUGGAUAUGAAGCACUGAAGAAAGAGGGAAUGAAAGCAGAGGUAUACCAUACCCUGGGACCAGAGGGCGCAGGUAGAGGAGGCGAAGCAGUAGGUAAGGAAAAAGAAUAUGAGGUAGUGAAGGAACAGAAGUUGGCAGAGGCAGAGGAGCAAAAGACUCCGCUAUAAAGGGAAAGAUAGGUCUCAGCAGCUUUUAUAGGUAGAAAAAUCACAUGCCACAAACCAGCAAAGUCAGGUGAUGUCUUGGUCACAAUCCUGAAGUUCAAAUUCUAUGACUAAAGUUGUUAGAGCUGUGAAGAAAACCAAGACUACCAAAUAACAAUAAAAAAUCUUGUAUGUUGCAUAGCACAGCAGCUAACUACAACAAACAAACCAACAACUUGUUGCCAUAUUAUUAAUAAUAUUAAUCAUCUCGGUUACAUGGAAUAUUCUGUUAAAUGUAAAUGUAAAUCACAAGUUACCAGAAUGUAAAAUUAUUCAUUUUGUGACAGUCAAAUGACCAACAACAAAUGUGGAAAGUAAGCAAAUCCUUACAUUCAGUCAAGUUGUAUAUAUUAUCUGAUACUCAUUUUACAUAUACUCAUAAUAACAGCAUUACACAUGUUUUCAUUUAACUCACUCAAACUUUUUUUCUAGUAUGUUAAAUAGAUAGAGUGCUUGUGCUUCAUCAAACUAUGAUAAAUCUGCUUUCAGUGAUGGGUAAAGGGUGAACAAAUUCACUUUUUUUUAAUAUUUCCUUGUAAAGUCAUACAGUGUGAUUGACAAAAACCUCCUGAUUGGAUUUUUGUAUCUUAUAAUGUAUUUGCCAUACCAAUACUUUGUAAUGUUCUAUUAUUUGUGCACAUAACAAAUGCUGUAUUACUGAAUAGAUUGUACUUUAUAUUCCAGUGCAUAUGUUGAUCAGAUAUAUGAGCUUAAUCUGCAGUGCAAAUGCAGUUGCUUUAGAUUCUUAAGCUUCAUUCCUGUUGUAUUUAAUGUGCUGAAAUAAAUGUAUUUUGACUAAA